ACCACCGCAGCUCAUCGCUAUUUGAUUGCAAGGGGUACCAAUCGAAGACUCUUCCUUCUCACUCGAAGUAUGACACGCGAAUACAAGCGAUGGAUCUUCACCAAGUCAACCGAGUACCGGCCCAAUGGGGUUCUCCGCGUCGGGCAGAUUCUUGCCCAACCAUUUGAGCCUGCCUCGGCUCUCCAUCCCGCCGGGCCACCGGAGCUCUCAGAUGACGUGACUUUAGAGGAAAGCGAGCUGGAUGAGGUAGCCGCAUCGCAGGCCAACGAGCUAUCACUGCACUUUGGUCUUUAUGCCGAUCUGAGCGGAAUCGCCCCCGCCGGUUCGAGUGCCAACACCACAGCCAGCAAGGCGCAGUCGCAGGAGUGGCAGAUCGAUAAGAUCAGCAGCAAAAUCAUCACUCCUUCUAUUUCUUACGUCGAAACCUGCCUCCGUCAUGGAGACGUGCCGGCCAAGCUCAAGGAUGUGUGGUUUUUCAAGAAGCGCCUCUACAUGAUCACCGGUACUAGGGUCGUACAAGGGGCACGCAUGGCGACUACCAACCAGCAGACGUUUACUGCAGGAGUCGAGGCCCAAGGCGACGGCACAAGUUCCGGUGUGCCGGUGCAGAUUGGGACUUCCGGGGGCAUUCAAAAGCAUGCCUCGCAAGGUCUGUCGUUCGGUCGAGCCACGGACUUCGUCUUCGCAUACAGGCUUCAGGAGAUCUUCUACUAUGGUGUCAGUAAGAUGGAGCACCACCCGUUCAACAAAGGGGAGACAUCGAGUCUGGACUCGGCGGGACCUGGACAGGAGCUGGAAGAUGAUUUCGAUGACUUUGAGAUGCUGAGGAUCGACGAUGAGGAUUUCGAUGGCGAAGGCUUUGAUGGCAUUCAAGAAGUUGAUAUACCUGGCACUCAGAGCGAAUCAAUUCUCAGACAGCGAUUCGAGGGCAUGGAGUAG